UUCCUCCUCAGGUGUGAUAAUUAGUCGAAGGUUCACGUGGAAGACGAUUAAUUCAUUGCUUUAAAGAAAACUGAAAAACAGCGGUGACGACCUGUAUGUUUCAUUCCUUAAAGUGGUUUUAUUUGAUCAUGUCUUCCGUGCGCGUGGCUGUUCGAGCUCGUCCUGUGAAUAAAAGGGAGCAGCAUUUAUCAUCCAAGAUAAUGGUUCACAUUAGGGGGAACUCAAUAUCUAUUCAGAAGUCUUCACCAGUCCAAGGGGAAAAGGCAAAAGACCGAGAGAAAACCUUCUCAUUUGACUUUGCUUUUGACUCCACUGACACAGAAAGCUCCACAUUUGCAUCCCAAGAGAAGAUUUUCCAGGAAUUGGGUUCUGGUGUGUUGAAAGCUGCAUUUGAAGGGUUCAACGCCUGCAUGUUUGCUUAUGGGCAAACAGGCUCAGGGAAAUCGCACACUAUGAUGGGUCUUAAAGAUGAUAAAGGUUUGAUUCCUCGUAUCUGUGAGGGCUUGUUCAUGGAGAUGUCCGAAAGAAGCAAAACCGAUGCCGUUUCAUUUCAUACCGAAGUCAGCUAUCUGGAGAUCUACAACGAGCGUGUUCAGGACCUUCUCAAGAAGAAACCAUCAACUACCACGGUUGUGGGUUUGAAAGUGAGGGAACAUCCCAGAAAUGGACCAUAUGUGGAAAAUCUAUCAAAACACGUGGUUCACAGCCAUGGUGACGUGGAGGGUCUGAUCCUUCUGGGGAAUACCAACCGCACCGUCGCCAGCACGGGCAUGAAUGAUGAGAGCAGCCGCUCGCACGCCAUCUUCACCAUCACUUUUACCCAGGCAUGGUUUGAUGCAGAGUUUCCACGCGAGUUAAUAAGUAAGAUCCACCUGGUGGACCUGGCGGGCAGUGAGAGGGCGGAUUCUACACAAAGCAGAGGCAUCAGGCUGAAGGAAGGAGCCAACAUCAACAAAUCCCUGGUUACUUUGGGAAGUGUGAUCUCAGCGCUCGCUGACCAAAGCCUGAGUGAGAAGUCAACCAAGCGGAGAAAGAUCUUCAUCCCUUACAGGGACUCGGUGCUGACAUGGCUGCUGAAGGACAGUCUUGGUGGAAACUCCAUAACCACCAUGAUAGCGACGAUUUCUCCCGCUGAGGUGAACUACGAGGAGACGCUGAGCACUUUGCGGUACGCCAGCCGAGCUAAAAGCAUCGUGAACACUCCCACCGUCAAUGAAGACGGCAGCGUGAAGGUGAUCCGAGAGCUGCAGGCUGAAGUGGCAAGGCUCCAGACUCUACUAGCAGAAGCCACCCAGGGUUCUCAUCAGGGGUCGUGUGUGCUGGUAGAAGAGAAGCUGCAUCAGAAAGAGGCGAAGGUUGUGGCUCUAAAAAAGAAGUGGGCUGGAAAAUGGAAUGAGAGUAUUCUGCAGGAGGAGACGGUGGCUCUGAGGAAGGAGCGCAGUGGAGUUGUCUUGGACUGCCAGCUUCCUCAUCUGAUAGGAAUGGAUGAAGACCUGCUCCGCACUGGAAUUAUCCUGUACCAUUUAAAGGAGGGUAGAACCUGCGUUGGAAGCAAUGAAGCAUUGAGCAGUUUGGACAUUGUGCUUCAUGGAGCUGGAGUCCUUGACGAGCAUUGUGUUCUUGAGAACCGCGGUGGGAACGUGACUCUGGUCCCUCAGGAGGGGUCUUUCUGUUCAGUCAAUGGCUCUGUGGCCACUGCUCCAUGCCUGCUGACUCAGGGCUCUGUUGUACAGCUGGGGAGAGGCACCCUGCUCCGCUAUAACCAUCCAACGGAAGCUUCCCAGCUAAGACCAAACCAGCAGCAGAGCACAGCUGCCUCCAGAGGAUGUUUGACUGACUCCUCCAAAUCUGCGGAAAAGACGAUGCUGCAAAAUUCAAGCCGGGUGGGUCUUUGGACGCCAUCGCCACCGCCAGCACACCCCCACAUCUGCCUCACUUCUACCCCAGAAAAAAAGCUCAACAGCCUGGCCAUUCCUGGUAGAGAUCCCGUCCCUUCCGUUACUUUUGAGUUGGAUGGAGACACACUGCAGGAUGGAACGAGCACCAGGGAUGGCCAGGAACUACAGGGGGACUGGUGUCAUAAAUCAGGGCCAGGACUCCUUUCUGAGGGGCCACAGAGGACAGCUCGGAGUGGAGCAGGAGAGGCACGUUUUAACAGGGAUGAGGUUUGGUCAGGGAAUGCCAGCCUCCAGCAGACAAGUGUCCUGGGCCCGGGUGAUGGAUGUGGCAGGAAGCCAGGAGGGGAUGCUAAUGAGAUCCAAGGUCCUGUGACUGACUUCUUUAAGGGAAGACCUGGCUCUGGAGGGAGCUCAUUAGGCAGCGAGUCCCACCUGCAGGGAAGAGGAGGGAGUAUCUGCAGGUCGAAUCUCCAGCAGACCAGCCCUCCGCUCGACACAAAGCCCCUCAGCAGUCAGGUGGCCCGCUGUCCACCCAGAGACACAAGUUUCCAGGACCAGUUUAGCUGCAAAGAGAUGGAUGAAUCUGGAGGUUUGGAGGAGAUCCCAGCAGUGUGUGUGACAGAGGCGACAGCCGCUACAGUGCAGCUCUCCAGGCUGGGAGCUUUGUUCAGCAACGUUUCUUCUAUUGUCCAGGAUGCAAAGUAUCUUCUUUUCAGCUCUCCUGCUGCAGGACAGCAAGCCAGAGAAGUUAGACUACUGACUUUUGGAGCCCGCUGGUCCAGCCAUGUUGUAUCUGUAGUCAGAGAAAGUCAUGUUUUGUCCAUGGUGAAGGGCAGCCACGUCUUCUCAAUGGUUGGCGGAGACUUUGCCUCGUCUCUUUUUGCCAAAAGUCCUUUUUUCUCAGUUUUAAAAGAACUACCUGUGGUGCAGCACAUCCAGCUGGCUAUGGCUUCACAUCUUCAGCAUAUGGAAGCAGGCUUGGUUGGUUCUGAAAAUCUAGCUCAAGAUGCACCAAAAAGUUUGGCAGAAUCUGCAGCUGAUGUGCAGAAAAUCUCAAAGGACGGCUGCAGCAAAGACUUGCAGACACCACAAAGGCAGGAAAGGGAAAACUCUGUGAAACAAGGAGCUAAAGCUGCAUUUAUGUCGAGGCAGGUCAGCAGGACUGAGACGAGGUAUCCAACUAAGGUCGGAGAUCAGCCACUGAGAAAGCCCACGAUGGCCCGCAUUGAAAUUCAACCACUGAUCAAAUUUCCGGACCCUCUUUUGAAUCUACAAACUCUGCCGUUUCAAAAACUGAUUGCCGUUUUACAGACGACCAUCUCUGCUUCAGAAUUCAACUCCCAGAAGGUUGGAGCUCUGUACUGGCUGACUGUGGCGAAAUGCAGCCAACCUGAACCUCAACCUGCACUCCUGGUUCUGACGGAAACGGACCUCUACACCCUCACUGCAGACUCCGGCCUCCUGGUUCUGUUCCAUCAGCUGUCUUUGUUCCAGCUGAAGGAUGUGCACGUCGGCCUAGCGGGUCAGAGUGUGCGUUUCAUGGGAACUACAGAGGAAGGCAUCCUCGCUGUGUAUACCCACAACCAGAAGAUGAGCAAGAAACUGUGCUGCUCCAUCCUUGAUAUUGUUUCUCCUGGAGAAUGCAGGGUUUCUCAGCAUCCUCUGCUCAUCGAGGACUUGAUGAAGAUAUCUUUAGACCGUCAAGUCUUUGUGCCGGACCUGCUGCUGGAUUCUGGGCUAAAGAUUUGCUGUCAGUUUCAGAAGAGCCUCGCUGAUCUGCUGUACGUUCUUCAUUGUAAUAUGGACCAGAACACUGUCACUUUAGGGGAGAUGCAGCUAUUAAUGUACACAAGUGUGGGAGUGCACGUCGGCUCCGGUGGCCAACAUGUGGCCCAGUUUUUUCUCACGGAUUCGCAUCUUGGUCUGCUGAGGGCCGACGCCGUCUUCCACCCACCUCCACAGCCGGUUACCACGUGGACCUGCUGCCCUCAGUUCUACGACUUAACCGUUUCUAAGCUGUCAGAUGUGCGCUGCAUGCUGGUGCAUGAUGAAGACAAGAGGGGAGCUGUCAGACUGGAUGUAAUUCUUGCAAAUGUGAGGGGCAGGGGUCACCCUGAAAGCGUGGAGAAGACAGCUACCCCAUCUGAGCAUGCUUUAAAUUCAUCUCCGCAUGCAGAAGUGUGGAAAUUAACUUUCAGUUGCUCCACCGAGGCUGCCCGCCUGAUUAAUCACUUGUCAAAUGUCUGAUCAAGGACUGAAUGGCCGGUAAUGAACAGCCCAGCUUGAAAUCUCGCGCUCACUGGGAGCAGUGGCAAAAGUGCAUUCCACCCAGACGAAGCAAAGAAUGAUUUUAUCGUAUAAAAAGCAGCAGAAUCUGUGACCUACUUUGACGGGUUUUUUUAAGUUUCUGUCACAUUAAAGUUGGAUGACUUCUGCGCUGAAGAUUUUAUCUUAAAACACUUAAAUUUCUCUUUUCAUACUUUGUCUUUUUUUCACUGCCUUGUUGUUGUUUUCUGUUGGUUUAUUUUUUGACGCUUUUUAAUAAUUGAAGGUGUUGAGAAUUUAAAAACUGCUUAUUUUAUUUGUCUUUUAAAUCUGUCACUGUGGAAAAUAUUUUUAUG